AUGGCUCUUGCUUUGUGGUAUGUUGAUAGAAGGAGGGUCAUGAUGGAGAGGUUCAUUGAAAUUAUUCAUGUUCGUGAUACUUCUGCUUUGUCUUUGAAAAAAGCAGUUGAUUCUUUACUUUCUAAGUAUUCACUAAGUCUAUCGUAUAUACGUGGACAAUGUUAUGAUGGAGCAAGAGCUUCUUUUAAGCGUAGGGAAUAUAUUCAAGAAGAUCAAGCAAAAAAACUUCAAGAGGCAUUACGUGCAGAUGAGCUUGAAAUCGGACGAGGAUUAAAUCAACAGCUUCGUCUUAAAAGAGCUAGUGAGACUCGUUGGGGAUCUCAUUAUAAAUCUCUUAUCAAUUUCAAUGCUAUGUUUAGAUCAUUGAUUGAUGUGCUUGAUAACAUUGCUAGUGAUGCCCAUAACCUUGAUGAUAGAUUUAAAGCACAGGGACUUCUUAAUUCUUGUCAGAUAUUUGAUUUUGCUCUCUUGUUGCACUUGAUGAUAGAGAUUUUGGGUGUCACAAAUGAGUUAAACAUAGCCUUGCAGAAGAAAGAAUGGGAUAUUGUGAAUGCCAUCACACUUGUUGAGAUGGCAAAAGUUCGGUUGCAAGAGGAGCUUAACAGCCGCUUUAAUGAGGUGAAUAUUGAUUUGCUUCUUGGUGUGGCUACCUUAAAUUCAAUUGACAAGUUUUCCAACUUUAACUUGAAGAAGAUAUUAAAAUUGGCCGAAUUCGCCACAGUAAUUGCAGAAAAAGCAUUCUCUUUUAUCAAGAAUGACUUGAGAAACCAGAUGGGAGAUGAAUUCAUGAAUGAUUAUAUGGUGAACUAUAUAGAAAAAGAUGUAUUUAGGGGUAUUCCUAAUGAUGUCAUCAUGGAUAGGUUUCAAAAAAUGAAAACUCAUCGAGGAUAA